GUUGACAUCGCAGGACAACGUCACAUGGGGCGACCCGAUGGAGAACGUCACGCGAGUUGAGUUCGUGCACUAUGACCCCUGGCGCGGGUUCAUCGUGCGCGGGCUGACGGGAAGGUUCGCUUGCCAGGCCCUCAGCGAUCACCUUCAGCCGCAGUAUCUCUUCUUUCGGCUGGAGGUCGAAGGUCAGCAUGAGAGUGCAACAGCUGGCGACAAACCAGAAUCAACUGCCCGAAAAAGUCUGACAACAGUCUACAUCGCAGCCAUCACAUGUUUCAUAGUUCUCUUCCUUGUUGUCGUCACGAUUAUCGUGGGCUGUAAAAUGCUAAAGAGGAAGAAGUAUGAUCAUGAAGAAGUCGAGAAAUUCCUCAGCCAGUCGCAAGGGGACUACAAUCCAGAGUUACCCAUCGACGAACAAACGGGUUGUGUCCCUUACGACCCUAAGUGGGAGUUUCCCGAAGAGCGCCUGCGAAUGGGAAUGAUUUUGGGUCAAGGUGCGUUCGGUCGCGUGGUCAAGGCAGAGGCCGUUGGCAUCGGGGGCUCAAAUGACGUCAUCACUGUGGCGGUCAAGGUUGUCAAAGACUGCACAAACAAAGAACAGAUGAUGGCACUGGUGUCUGAACUAAAGAUCCUGAUUCACAUCGGACAUCACCUCAACAUUGUCAACCUUCUGGGGGCGGUCACUAAGGAUCUUCGCUAUGGCAAACUGAGCAUCAUCGUGGAGUACUGUCCAUUUGGAUGCCUGCAAAACUAUCUGCUGAAGAACAAGAAUUCCUUGCGGGAUAUCCCAGACAUCAAACUUAUCAAGAAUAAGCCCAAACCCCAGGAGACCAAGCGAUAUGGACCGGUCAGCAGAGGGUCGCCGAGAGCCAACUACGUCAACCAGGGAAUGGAGCCAGCCGGCCCUCCCCUGACGAUCACCAACCUUCUCUGCUGGGCCUUCCAGGUGUGCCGAGGCAUGGAGUACCUGGCCUCCAGAAAGUACGUCCACCGUGACCUGGCAGCGCGCAACGUGCUGCUGACGGCAAACAACGUAGUCAAGAUCUGCGACUUCGGGCUGGCCAGGGACGUCUACCGCAACGCCAAGUACUACAAGAAGCGAGAAGGCCCUGUUCCCAUCAAGUGGAUGGCGCUGGAGUCACUGACCCAUGGGCUGUACACCACCAAGAGCGAUGUAUGGUCUUUCGGAAUUUUCCUCUGGGAAUUGUUUUCCCUAGGUGGCAACCCGUAUCCAGGUGUGGACACAGCUACCAGUGACUUUCUGGACCUCCUGGAAUGCGGGUAUCGCAUGGCAACGCCCAAGCUGGCCCCUGCGGAGCUUUACGCCGUCAUGAGGCAGACGUGGCACGCAGACCCCCUGCAGAGACCCUCCUUCAGCCAACUGGUACCGGUCAUGGCCGCCUUCCUGGAGACCAGCGCCACACAGCACUACCUAAAUCUGUCUUCACCUGGGUCCCUGAACUUGCCUGGCCUCGGCAUCCAAGAAAAAGACGGAUAUCUGCGAAUGUCCAGCCUCUCGCAGUACGUCCCCAUGUCUCCUACUUCAACCUGUCCACCUGCAAACUUGCUAACGGACUCCACUGCGGACAGUGAGGAGGACAACGGGCAGUGUUCGCUACACGAACUCCGGCGAACUGACGAAGGUGAAGGUUGUCGAACUUGGAGACAAUCCGCAAAAAUGGCGACUGUGCUCACCAGAUGAUGUGAUCCCAGAGGUCCCCCCAGACCUCCAUCUGUCAUCGGAGGGUUUGAGAUGAACGGGAGACAGGCGAUUGGUGAUCACAGCGAUGGUUGCCUUCCCAUCAUCCUUAGCGAGACGGAUCCCAGCGCGCACGGCAGACCGAGCACUUCUGACGGUUACUCAACGUUGAAAGCGAAAACGACGAACCUUUCGGACAGCCUUGACUCCGUGUUCUUAGAGGCUGGAAGGGAGGCAGAAGACUUGGAGAUGACGGAGUUGUUGAGAAAUCCGAUCGUGUCGGAUCACCCCGAUAACGGUGCUUGCUACUUCUGGUCGGACACAAGCAAGGUAAAGAAUCUUGCCUGUCGCGAAGAAAAGAUGGUCUCAAAGAUGGUGGACAGUGAGACGGGCAAGAUGUCCGACUUCUCGUCACCCGUUAUCUGGUGUGGACUUCUCAAUCGACAAUAAUCAGUUUCCGAAACGCAGGCAAAACGGCCAUGUCGUCUACUUCCGGAACAAAAGAGCGCAUGACUACUCACAUAUGGGUGGCAGGGAAGAGCAUCUGCUCAGCGACGACAACGACGACGACAGCGCCACACUCGCGGAGUACAUGAACGAUGACUCUGUGUUUAUUCCGGAUUUUCCAGGCACCUCGCAGGUCACGGGCACCCACCCCACGAAAGUCCAGCCCCAGUUCCCGUCCUUGGGGGAAAUGACCUCGACCUUACGACGCAGUGAGGACAGCGGUCACUUCUCCGUCGGUUCUCCACCCGAGUCUUCGCCGGACUCGCUGUUUGUUUAUCCCAGUCUGUAACCGCCGACUGCGGGCAUCUCUUUGAACACCUGACCGGUUGGACUAUGUCCUGUGUCCACUGCACAGAGCAAUGUCACGGCCCGCCAGUCAGUCAGCAGCCAGCCAGUCAGCCAGCCAGUCAGCCAGUCCGUCAGUCAGCCAGCCAGUCAGCCAUACAAAAGGACAACACAGACAAAUACAAAGAUAUGGGACGCUUUGGUCAGAGUUGCUGAUGUGUUAUCAGACCGAUGGCAUGUGCCAAUGGCGGGAUUGGAACAGCCUGGAUACAAUGUCGGACCUUCACCAGAUCCUUAUAAUAAUUUUAAACAACGAUCAAUGUUGUUUUUUCUAAAGUGAUGACAGACAUGUUCUCAAAUGUCGGAUUUAUGAUGUUAUCUUGCAGUUCUGUUGUCAGAUUUGUCCACAAUCAUAAAAGUGUACCGAUGUGUGUUCAAAGCUGUAAAAUGUUUUAAUGCCAGACUGAAUUUAUGCGAUGUAAAGUUGAUAAAAUGUGAUCAAGA